UAUUUCAAAGGACUCAUGUAGGAAGUAAAUAAAAUGUUAAAGAGGGUGACCCACAAGUUAUGUUAUAUUCUUUUAGUAAUAUCCCAGUUCUGGUUUGAACUUUAGCUUCAUUCAAUUUAAAUGUUCUUUAUUUGCUGGCCAUAUACAACUGAAAAGUGUGUGUGUGUGUGUGUGUGUGUGUGUGUGUGUGUGUGUGUCUGUCUGUCUGUCUCGGGGGUGGAGAUGCAGGACGCGCAGUCGGCUAAUUUUGGGGACCAGCAAUAGACAUCUUUCAAGGGUCAAACAUCUUGUGAUUCCUCGAAGUAUCCCCAGCCUUGUAUCAGAAAAUUGGCCUACAGACCAACAAUCUGAAGAUCCAUAGGCCCAGGAGCUCCGCCCCUCCUCGCCUCCUCUGGGGAAAACCACGGACCAUAGAGACGUGUCUUCAUAGAGAGUCGGCGAUUGGGGUGGUGAGCAACCGGAAGUCGGGAUGUCCCGGGCUCGGCCAUUAUUUUGGGACUGGUCCGGUGCCGCGUUGGGUUCUAGUGUCAUCUCCUAGCGGCAUGCCACCGAGGCGACAGUACCCAGGGCUAGACUGCGAGAGGAACUCUGAUGAAGUUCUCCAAGUUCUAAGGAAGAAACCAAGCAAGAAUUAAGGGGACGUGGAGAGGAACCUUUCUAAAAAGGCAACAAUGACGAGAGAAAAUUGGGCCCACAAUGCUCUGAGACAAGAGGGUCUUGUGAAAGGGAAGGAUGAUACCUGGAAAUGGGGAACCAGCUUCCAAGGGAGCAGCUCCUCUGUUUGGGAGACCUCUCACAUGCACUUUAGACAGUUACGUUACCAUGAGACAUCUGGACCCCAGGAGGCUCUGAGCCGGCUCCGAGAGCUCUGUCGCCGGUGGCUGAGGCCAGAAGCACGCACCAAGGCUCAGAUCCUAGAGCUGCUGGUGCUGGAGCAGUUUCUGAGCAUCCUGCCUGGGGAGAUUCGGACCUGGGUGCAGCUCCAUCGUCCUGGCAGUGGCGAGGAGGCUGUGGCCCUGGUAGAGGAGCUGCAGAAAGACCUUGAUGGACCAGCACUAAAAGGUCCAUUCCUUGUCCAGGACCAGGACAUUCUCCAGGAGGGGUUGAGUGCUCCUGGAACAGCAUUUGUUCCUGCAUCUCCCAGCAGCCAUUUAUCAGCUGAAAUUCAUCUGAAUCCUCUUUCUGACACAGUGGUGUUCAACCUCCAGGAUCCUCCACAUGAUUCUCCUGCCCCUGAGGCUUCUGCCCUAUCCCAGGAAGAGAACCCAAGAAAUCAGUUAAUGGCACUUAUGCUCCUAACUGCCCAGCCCCAGGAGUUGGUAAUGUUUGAGGAGGUGUCUGUAUGCUUCACUUCAGAGGAAUGGGCAUGUCUGGGCCCAAUUCAGAGAGCCUUGUACUGGGAUGUUAUGCUGGAGAAUUAUGGAAAUGUGACCUCUCUAGAAUGGGAGACCAUGACUGACAAUGAGGAGGUGACAUCAAAGCCAAGUAUUUCUCAAAGAGCAGAUGCUCAGAAAGGAAUAUCAAAAAGACUUCAAGGCAGUGUUUCCCAGGUCCCUGGUUUUGAGGAAGAAUGUGAAUGGCAAGUUUUGGAAAAUCAGUGGGGAAAUGAAACAGGAGAAAGGGUAGAUGCAAUGAAAAAAGGUUCCCUGUGUGAACAAGACAAGAAGAAAAGGACUUUACCAGAAAAACGGGGCCAGAAGUGGAAGGAAUUUGGAGAAAGCUUGACUUUAGGUUCAGCUGUUUCUGAAAGUUUAAUAGGUACUGAGGGAAAGAAAUACUAUAAGUGUGACAUAUGUUGUAAACAUUUAAAUAAAAUUUCACAUCUCAUAAACCAUCGGAGAAUCCAUACUGGUGAGAAACCUCAUAAAUGUAAGGAGUGUGGAAAGGGCUUUAUUCAGCGCUCAAGCCUUCUAAUGCACCUUCGAAACCAUUCUGGGGAGAAACCAUAUAAAUGUAAUGAAUGUGGGAAAGCAUUCUCUCAAAGUGCUUACCUUUUAAACCAUCAGAGGAUCCACACUGGGGAGAAACCUUAUAAAUGUAAGGAAUGUGGAAAGGGCUUCUAUAGGCAUUCAGGCCUCAUUAUACAUCUAAGACGCCAUUCAGGGGAGAGACCUUACAAAUGUAAUGAGUGUGGGAAAGUUUUCUCUCAAAACGCUUACCUCAUUGACCACCAGAGGCUCCAUAAAGGAGAAGAACCUUAUAAAUGUAAUAAAUGCCAGAAAGCUUUCAUUCUGAAGAAGAGCCUCAUUCUGCACCAGAGAAUUCACUCUGGGGAAAAACCCUAUAAAUGUGAUGAAUGUGGAAAAACCUUUGCUCAGACCACCUACCUUGUCGACCAUCAGCGACUCCACAGUGCAGAGAACCCUUACAAGUGUAAAGAAUGUGGGAAAGUUUUCAUUCGAAGUAAAAGCCUCCUUUUACAUCAGCGAGUCCACACAGAAAAGAAAACCUUUGGUUGUAAAAAAUGUGGGAAAAUUUUUAGUUCUAAGUCAAACCUCAUUGACCACAAGCGGAUGCAUAGCAGAGAGAAACCUUACAAAUGCACUGAAUGUGGGAAAGCCUUCACUCAGAGUGCUUACCUUUUUGAUCAUCAGAGACUCCACAACGGAGAGAAGCCCUAUGAAUGUAAUGAAUGUGGAAAAGUUUUUAUUCUGAAGAAGAGCCUCAUAUUACAUCAAAGGUUCCACACUGGAGAGAAUCUCUAUGAAUGUAAAGACUGUGGUAAGGUCUUUGGUUCUAACAGGAAUCUCAUUGACCAUGAGAGACUCCAUAAUGGGGAGAAGCCAUAUGAAUGUCGAGAAUGUGGGAAAACCUUUAUUAUGAGCAAGAGUUUCAUGGUCCACCAGAAACUUCAUACUCAGGAGAAAGCCUACAAAUGUGAGGAUUGUGGGAAGGCUUUCAGUUACAAUUCAAGCCUGCUCGUACAUCGAAGAAUCCACACUGGAGAAAAGCCUUUUGAAUGUAGUGAGUGUGGAAGAGCUUUCAGUUCCAACAGAAACCUCAUUGAACAUAAGAGAAUCCACAGUGGUGAAAAACCCUAUGAGUGUAAUGAGUGUGGCAAGUGCUUCAUCUUGAAAAAAAGCCUCAUUGGACAUCAGAGGAUUCACACAAGGGAAAAGUCUUAUAAAUGCAAUGACUGUGGGAAAGUCUUUAGUUACCGCUCAAACCUGAUAGCCCAUCAGAGAAUCCACACUGGUGAGAAGCCCUAUGCAUGUAAUGAGUGUGGGAAAGGCUUCACCUACAACAGAAAUCUUAUUGAACAUCAAAGAAUUCACAGUGGGGAAAAAACAUAUGAAUGUCAUAUCUGUAGAAAAGUUCUUACCUCUAGUAGAAAUCUUAUGGUACAUCAAAGAAUACACACUGGAGAGAAACCUUAUAAAUGUAAUGAGUGUGGAAAAGACUUUAGUCAGAAUAAAAACCUUGUUGUACAUCAGAGAAUGCAUACUGGAGAGAAGCCUUAUGAGUGUGAGAAAUGUAGGAAAUCUUUUACCUCCAAGAGGAAUUUAGUUGGUCACCAGAGAAUCCACACAGGGGAGAAACCCUAUGGGUGUAAUGAUUGUAGCAAAGUUUUUAGACAAAGAAAAAACCUCACUGUACAUCAGAAAGUUCAUACAGAGGAAAAACCCUGUGAAUGUGGUGAGGCUGAAAAGGAAUUUUCUCAGACUUCAAAACUUCAUUUUCAACAAAAAGUCCAUACUGUGGAGGAAUUUUCUUGGCUAAAAAAUGCCAGUGAGGCUAAGAUAGAGAUUCAAAAAAUCUAGUGGAGAUCUGGCAUUGUGGCUAAGUGGUAGAGUACUGCCUUGCAUGUACAACCCCCAGCACUGCAAAAAAAGAAAAAAAAAUAGUGUCAUUUGUAAAAUGGAAUAGAAUCCUAUUUAACCAUUAGAUGAAUGACAUAUAGUUUCUAUAAGAAAAAAAUCAUGACCAUUUCUUAUGGACAAGUGAAAGAAAGUUAAUCUAGACCUUCAAGUGUAGAAAAACAUAAUCCAAAUUCUAGUUCAAGGAUACUGUAUUCCAGACAUUUAUUAUGACCUUGGAAAUAGACCUUGGAGCAAUUGAAGACAGAAGAAACUGGAUUUGGGUCUUAUAAGCGAUAAUGGUGCAGUUGUAAGUGAUAGCAAAAAUGUCUUUAUUAAAGUGGACAUUGUUUCUGAAAAUAUGUAUAUUAUACAGUUUAAAGAUAGCAUCUCUGCUGCAGAAUGUCUGUAUAGACAGUAAAAUCCAGACACUGAGAUGUGGAAUUCAGUGGGCAAGAGAUUACCUGGCUCAUCCUUAAGACUAGAUGUAAAAUUAGAAGAGCUAGGUUUGGAUUCUCUUUCCCUUACUAUGUUAAUGUUAAGCCCACCUCUAAGCCUCAGAAUGCCUACCUCACAGGGUUGUUGUGAGGAGUAAGUGAAAGGAUGUUUGUGAAACCAUUUUACAAUAAAGUUAGAUGAGAGAAAGAGGUAUGGCCAGAGUCUACGCCAUGGCAUAAUCUAAGUUUGUUCAUUAAGUCAAUAUUAGAAUGAAGAGGAUUCCAUGAACCUCAAAGAUAGUCAUUUUUAUGAGUGGAAGUAUGACGGAUAGCUAACUUUGGGAUUUAGUACUCUAAAGACUUUUGAAAAAUAUAAUUUUAAAAUGUCUAAGGGAGUUAAUGUAUAAAAUGUCUACUUUGUUUUUAUGGAAAAUAUAUUAUGGCCAGCCAUUAACAGUGAUGCCAAGGAAAGCUAUUUGUUUUUUUGUUCUUUGAAUAUGGAACUUAAUAGAACAUCAAAAUUGAAGGACAGUCCUAUGUUGCUUUUUCUUUUUAUUGGGAGAAAUACAUAACCCCAUUAGCUGAGCUGAUGAUCCUUGCCACAGCCAUUUUCCAUUGUCAACAUUUAAUUGUUGCUGUCAUGUGAUAGAUUGUCACUUACAAAAAGACUUUCUGUCCCAGCACUUAAUUUACUACCUAAAUUUUUACACAGCCAAGCCUUCAAUUUCUGAUUAAGCCAAUGCAGAAUCCACUUCUAGGCAGCCACUGCGCUUUACUCCCUGUGAACCAGUUGUUCAUUCAGCUCGUGCACUAUUGUACAUUUAUUUGGGUUAAUUAGAAGAUAAAAUAUAAUUCUGUAUUCUUAUAUUUUAUCUUCUAAUUCUCCAAAUUCCAGUUUUGCAGGUAGAAUGUAAAUGUAUAUCAGGAUGGUGUUUUCUAAUACAAGCAAUAUCAAAGUGGUAUGUUGAUUAUGACAUGUUAUUAAUUCAACCCCAAAGCUCCUUUGAGGGCUGGUUCCUCAUUAUACUGAAAUGUAUACUGAGAACUGGAAGGGACCCAUAGUUUGAACUCUUUAAGAUCUGGAUGAGUCAGGUUCUGCCACUUGCCUUGGACAAAUCUCUUCACUUCUUGGAGACAUGAUUUCCACAUCUAUCAAACAGGAGGAAAAAUAUCUACCUCACAAAGUUGUUAUGAGGUAAUGAGUAUGAAAAUUCUUCCUAUUAAUGCUAUACAAGAAUCACCAUAGCUUAUAUAAUAAUUGCAAAAGGACAUAUUUUAACAAAGGAGAGAGCUAGCAUUUACCUUGUAACCAAGUGAAAAUACAAUAUAGCUAACUGAGCCCAUAUAAUGUGCCUCCUCUUGUAGUGUAAUAAGCCAAAAGAUCUUUAGCCUGAUUUUAAUCAAUUUUCUUAAACCUAAUUGGCAGUUUGUAGGAAAUACAGAAAGCAUAGGGAUAAUAUAAAAGAUGCCAUAAGAAACAGAAAAUUUCAGAACAUGGGAUAUUAGAAAAUUGCCCUGGAUUCUUCAAAAAGUCAUGAUAUAAAGGAAAGAAGAGUGAUCAUUAAUGAAGCUAUCCAUAAGGGGAAAACCCCUCACAACAUUGAGAACUAGGAUUAAGGAAAGAACUUGCAGAUGUCAUCAAAAGCAUGUUUUGUAAAAGGGGAAAAUGAUCAAUCGGACCUCCUCAAAAUUAAGAUAACUUUUCUCUACAAAGAUACUUUUAAGGGGAUGAAAAGACACUACAGACUGGGAGAGAACCAUUUGCAAAUCACAUAUCCAUCAAAGGAUUUGUAUCUAGACUACAUAAAGAACUCUGAAAACUUAUUGAUAAAAAAAAUUAGAAAUGCACAAGAUACCAACAGACAUUUCACUGUAGUUGACAGAUAAGCAAAUGAAAAGAUAUUCGACAUUAUCCAUUAGGGAAAUGUAAAUUAAAAUCUUGAGAUACUUCUAUGCACCUAUCAGAAUUAGCUAACUUUUAAAAAUAAAGUGAUUACACCAGUUCUGACAAGGAUGCCGAGAAACUGGAUUUCAUACAUUUUUGGAAAUGCAAAAUGGCACAAUCACUUUGGAAAACAGUUUGGCAGUUUCUUAUAAAACCAAACAUGCACUUAACUAUAUGCCUCAGUAAUUCCAUUCCCUAGCAUUUGUCCCAGGAAAUGAAAGCUUAUGUUCACAAAGACUUGUACAUAAUGUUCAUACAAUCUAUAUUAAUAUUCAAAACCUUUAGGUAUCAGGUGGUUAAAAUAAACUAUGGUAUGUCUAUACCAUGGAGUACUUAGUACUUGGCAGUAAGAUGACCUACAGCUUGUCACAACUAGAAUGGAUUCCUAGGGAAUCCCAUAUAUUAGGGAUGGUGUGAGGGAGAGGAUUGGAAUGUAACUAUAAAAAGGGUAGCACCAGGGAGGUUGGUGAUGGAAUAGUUGUAUAAUAGUGGCAGUUUCACAAAUCUCAUGCAAUACAAUGACAAACGCAUAGGCACGCACUGUACCAAUAUAUGCUUGCUAAUUUUGUCAUUCUAAUUACAUAAGAUGUCACCAUUGGGGGGGAAAUCUUUGCAACUUCCUGUGGAAUUGUCAUUUUAACAUAAAAUAUGAAUACACAAAAGAGCCAUAACUAAAAUACAGUGUUGUGAAACUGAAUUGGGGGAAAAAAAAACCUUUGAAAUGUACCUUAGGAGAAAUGUACCUUAGGAGAAAUUUGAAUACUGACUGUAUAUUAAGUGGUUUUAGAAUAUUACUGUUUUCUUACGUGUGAUGAUGGUGGUGUUAGUUUGGAGAAUAUUCUUAAGGGUUGCAUGCUAUUUGGAAUGAAGCGCUUUGAUGUUUACAGCUUUCUGAAAAGAUAACCUUAAAUAGAGAUAAGGCAAACAUAGCAUAAUGUUAAUUGUUGAGCCCAGAUGGAGGAUACGGGUAUUCUUUAUAUCAUUCUCAACUUUUCUGUACCGUUUGAUAUUUUCAAAAUAAAAUGUUUUGGGGAAAAUUA